AUGCGUAAGUGUAAAGUGUUCGUUGGUAACUCACAUGCGGAGCUUGGGAGGUUAGUUUGUCAAAGGUUAGGCAUCGAGCCAGCUCCAUGUUCAUUAAAGAAGUUUGCAAAUGGCGAGACUUCGGUUCAGAUUGGGGUUUCUGUACGUGAUGAGGAUGUUUAUGUUAUUCAAUCGGGAUCAUCUAGUAUUAAUGAUCAUAUUAUGGAGCUGUUAAUUUUAGUUUCGGCAUGUAGGGGUGGUUCGGCCAAGAAGAUUACGGCGGUGAUUCCACAAUUUCCAUAUUCCAAGCAGUGUAAGAUGAAGAAGCAUCGUGGAGCCAUUACUGCUAGGAUGCUAGCUAACUUGUUGAUUAUGGCAGGGGCGGAUCAUGUUGUUUCGAUGGAUUUGCAUGCUUCUCAGAUGCAGGGGUUUUUUACAAAACCCGUUGAUAAUUUAUACGGGGGUCCAAGUUUGGCUAAAUGGAUCAGGGAGCAUGUUGAGGAUUAUCAGAAUUCUAUUGUUGUUUCUAAGAACCCUGGCGGGACUAAAAGGGUGACUGCUUUAGCGGAUUCGUUGAAGAUCAAUUUUGCUAUGAUCCAUACCGACCGGCGUCGUUCGAAAGAUCUUUAUUCUCAGAACAAAGACAUGAAGCAACUGAAGAUGAGAAAGCAGUCUAUGUUAAGAAAAAAUAGGCCGAUUGUAAGGCCCGGUGAUGAGGAGAAUGAGGAGGAAAAUAUCAUUUUGACAAACGGAAUUCAAACGGCUAGGUUAGUGAAUGGUCAUGUUAUUGAUGACGAUGAAGACGAUAGUUAUGAGUCUGGAGCAAUGAAUUCAGAUCAAGAGGGCUCUAUUAGCAGUGAUUCUCAUCCUAUUGGAGGAAGUUAUGAGGCGGCUGUGGAUUCAGAUGACGAUGAGACAGCCGAAGAACAACAAGAAGAGAAGCUGAUAACACUAGUCGGUAACGUUAACGGACGUUCGGCUAUUAUUUUGGACGAUAUGAUCGACAGACCAGGUUCUUUCAUUUCUGCUGCAGAGCACAUGAAAAAGAAUUGUGGUGCUAAAAAAGUUUAUGUUGUAGCCACUCAUGGAUUAUUUACUGGCGACUGUCUAGAGCAGCUUGAAAAAUCAGAUGCAAUUCACCAAGUGGUCGUCACGAAUACUUACCCUAUUGAUCAAGGACGUUUAAAAUACUCUAAGAAACUUGUGAUCAUUGAUGUAUCUUCGAUCUUUGCUGAGUGUAUUCGUCGGGACCAUUACGGUGAAUCCAUUUCUGUUCUGUUUGAAUCUUUAGCCUCGCUAUAG